CCGUAAUUUUCUAAAGCAACCAAUUUGUUUGCAUACGUAAGCUUUGAUUAUCAUAUCAAAACACAAAACCACUAUAUUCCAUUUAAAAUAUUGAUCAACAAAAUUGAAAAUACAAUAUUUUAGAAUUUUCCUCAAUACACAAUUUGUUAUUCAUCUCUCAGGUAUACAAGUAUAUCUGCAUACAAAGUGUUUUCUCACGUAAAUAAGGAAUGUCACCUUCGGGCUGUGACGAUAGCUUUUUAAUGGCGGGAAAGCCAUGGUCGACCAAUCAGCACUCUUUCCGAACUUUAAAUAUGUAUGAUGGAAAUUAGACACAAUAAGUAGAAUAGAAAGCGCUUCUUUUCGUCGUCCAUAACUUUUGUGUAUCCAUUUCAAUCAAACUGAAAUAUUUUUGUGCUUGUAUUCCUCCGCGUUGUAGUUGCACACCUGGUUCGCAGGUAGACAUUCAUUUGUGGGCCUUGUCCUAUCUACGGACGACUGGCUGGUAUUGACAGAUCAACCGUAGUAAUUAAGAAGAGAGGAUCUGAAGGGGUUUUAGCGGUUGGUCAGUCUUCCAUACAGUUCAAAACAAGUGAUACCGUAUCGAAAAACAGCUGAAGCAAGUCCCAAUGGAAGUGGAAACCAAUCGGGAGCCCUCUCCAGAGAGCGUAACUGAAGAAGAACAACAGACCGUUACAGUGACAACAGAAAUACACAAUGUCAAUGUAAACGAACAAGAAAUUUUACAUCCAACAGAGGCAGAAAUAAUACAAGUGGCAACAACAGAUAUCUUGCAACAGGCAGCAACAACCAUCUUAUCCCAAGUCAACAACAAUUAUAUUACGGUUCCCAUCAGCAUCAGCAACAACAACAAUAACGAGGAACACGACAAAAUCAAAUCAGUGAAAGAAUUCGGUGAAGAUAGCGUUUUUGGUCAUGGUGGAGUAAACCAACUCGGAGGAGUAUUUGUCAAUGGAAGACCAUUACCUGAUGUUGUGCGACAACGAAUUGUUGAACUUGCUCACCAAGGAGUACGGCCCUGUGAUAUAUCGCGGCAACUCAGGGUCUCUCAUGGAUGUGUCAGUAAAAUUCUUGGCAGAUAUUAUGAAACAGGUUCUAUUAAACCUGGCGUGAUAGGAGGUUCAAAACCAAAAGUAGCUACACCCAAAGUAGUAGAUGCCAUAACUCGUUAUAAACAUGAAAACCCUACCAUGUUCGCUUGGGAAAUCAGGGACCGGCUACUGUCUGAAGGAGUCUGUACAUCAGAAAAUGUCCCAAGUGUUAGCUCAAUCAAUAGGAUUGUUCGAAAUCGUGCUGCCGAUAGUAAUCGAUCUAUAGACCAAAAGAGUCCACCAUUACCAAAUGAAGCACAUAGCCCAUCGAUGCCACAUUCAAAUUCUCCAAACGGGGAUGCAAUGCAAAGAGGAGGAACCUACUCAAUAACAGGAAUACUAGGAAUCCCACAUCAACCACCUCAGAACAUGACAGACCCAAAUGCCAUCAAAAGGAAAAGGGAAGAACAAGUCAAUGGACAACACGAAAUAAAAACAGAACCACCAACUGAUAAUAACCUUGAUAUGUGGUAUGCAACAGCCCGUCCUCCAUUAAAAAUUGCCAGGCCCGAAAAUGGCAACUUGGAUGCACCUCAAAUUCUGAUGAAUGCAGCAAAUGCACAAUUAUUUAACACAGCCGUCACAAUUCACCCUCCUUCAUACAACGUCAACGCUCAAUUCAUAACUACGACCACUGCUGGUGGAGAGAUGAAAUUGUCAGAAUAUAGCAUGCCUUCACCUGCCACAGCAAACGUUACACAAUCAGAGUCACAAGUUCAAGGUCAACCUGCUAACUACGUUACAUCAUUAGGGCCAACCAUGUCCGAAAGUUCAUCACUUGAGAUGAAACCCAUAGUUGUCACUGUUAUGUCAGAUGGCAUUCUGCAGGCGGCUCAAACAACAUCGGUUGAAUACGAAGCGAACAACAAUAACAAUAGUAACAACACUACACCUCCCCCUAAGCCUGGUACACCUUCAAGCAAUGAGGGAAACAACCUGACUGAACUCAAACCCGUUCAACCCACACCCCAGUCUUAUACGCCGUUGCCAUCGUUUACCGGACAGUUUUCAAGUCAGGCCAGCAGUAUAGGCAGUAACCCUCCAUCUUAUCCCGGUUUGCCCAUCCUUGGAACAGUUGCAUCACAAGUCGUUUUACAAGGACAUAACCAAUCAGCUAUUAACGUGCCGUCUGGGAACCCAGAAUAUUAUAAUACAGUAGCUUACUCCCAGUACAAUCCCACACCUUACACAGAUCCUCAGUGGAGAGCCUAUCCCACAGGUAUCAUCAAUGCAUCAUACUAUUACCCACCUGCAGGAGGAGUUCCAGCAAGAACUGAAAACAAUAAUACAGCUGCAGCAAGCCCUUCAAAGUCAUAAAAUUUGUGGAAUCUAGUUUUUGACAUUAGAAUUUCAUGAUCUGCAUGUACUGCUGUACACCAAUCGACAGCAAUAGGAUUGAUAUAUUCGUUAAAGUGUUGACUCUGUGUAUAAUUGUCAUCAGUAAGCGGUUGAUAUAUAGUGUUACCAAUUGAUUUAACGAAUUCGAAGGAAUUUUACCAGUACAUACAUGACAUAACAAAGUGGAUAACUUACCUCAUUUUAAGGAAGCCUGCUGAGUUGGACAGAUUUUUUGUGAAUCUCAGAACAAUACAAAAACAUGACAAUUUGCAAUUUUAUGUAUUUAUUAUGUUUUUAAAAAAGACAAUGACUUUAUAUGGUCUGAGUGUUGAACUACAUGGAAAGUUUACACCAUACAGAUUUACAAACACAUUAACAAACAUCUUGGAGUAUACAGUGUACAGAUAGCUGAUAUCUGUUUUUCAAAAUCUAUAUGUAGCUGAAUUUAUUGUUUGAAUGUAUCACAGAUCAAUUCUUUUUAAUUCGAAUUAUUUAAUUAUAAAAAUUAUAAAUUGGAAAUUUUGAACAGAUUAGUAGGAUGAGAGGAAGUAUUUGACUCUUGAAAAUGAAAAUAUAGUAAGAUAUUUCACCCUUUUCAAAAUAAUAAUAAUUUUGUACAUUAAUGUGAAGGGUAAAUUACACUUGUUAUCUUAUAACAAUUUUUUUUAUCAUGGUAUAUAUGAUGAGUUUAUUAUUACAGAACCUCUGAAGGAAACAUUUUGAUAGUGAAAUUUCUGAAAUGAUUACUUUUGGUUUUACAUUGUCUGUAAACUCCUAUUUUCAUAUUUAACUACUUUCAAGUUUAAAGUUGAUGUAAAAUGUAAAUUAGGACUGAGCUCAAUGAUGCAGUAUUAGAUGUUCAACACAAGGUAGCCAUAGAUAUUCUAAGCAUAAUAUGUAUUGUAUACUCAUUUCUACAUUUGCAAUUUUGUUUUUUUUUAUAAAUUUGUUUUGAAUAUAAAUGCAAUUUGUUUAAUGUAGAGCAACACAAUGAUAGUUUUAAAACAUUUGUUUCAUACUCAUUAAAGGGGAGGGGAAGGGGGACUUUUAAAACAUUUAUUUCAUACUCAUUAAAGGGGAGGGGAAGGGGGACUUUCCAUAUAUACGUGAAAGGACUUAUAACACAAAUGAUCUUCAAACAUAAACUUGUAGGAAAUAAUUGAACCCCGUACCUCAAUGUACAUAAGCAGGGUAUAAAGUGUGUGAAAGUGAUUGAAAGAGUGCAUACAUUGUACUGAAAUCAAAACCUGUGUGCAAUAAGAAUCAUUUUUUAUGCAUAACCAUAAACAUAUCAGUUUGUAUUUACUAAAAUAAAUUAUUUUAGCCAGGAUAUUUUAUGAAUUAUGAACCGAUAUCUAUUUUAAAAUAUUUUUACUCUAGUUUUUAAAUAAUGUCUAAGAAAAAAAAACAAAUAACUCAAUUCUGCAAUGAAAAUAGAUCUGUAUAAAAUUAUAUUUAAAAUUGUUUUGAUAUGCAGUUUGUUUGAGGGUGAAUGGUCUCAUGAUCAUGUGAAUUUCAUUUGUGUCUUGCCAGUAUAAUUCAUUAACAUUGAGAAUCUCAUUUAUUUCAUCACAAUGAUUUUGUGGGUUAAUUGCACAGUAAUAGAAAUGCACAACUUUCAAACAAUCUUUCAAAUAUUUUAUUUAAUUUUGAAUUUUAUAUUUUCCAUAAUGACUGAAUAAUGCAAAGAAUAUAAACCAUGAAUAGUUUCAUGGUUUUCCUCUGAUUACCGUGGAAACCAAAGAAAAAAGAGGGAAAUAAUAUCGAAAAAAUUAAUAAAUUGUUAUUGAAUUUUGUAUUCAAUUCCAGAGGUGUCUUUAUCUAGAUACUAGUUUUCUUUCAGUUUAAAGGUUGUACCAAGAAAACUUUUUUUAAAUAAAUGUGCUAUUUGUAUGUGAAUAACUACUAGAAAUCCUAUUUUUGCACUUGUACAAUAUAUAUAUGCAGAAGUGCUAGAACUUUUUUAAAUGUAUAUAUUUUGGUCAGGGUAAAGUGUGACCUUUACCUUAUCAGAUAUUAUAUUAUAAGAAUUUAUUGGUUCUCGAAUUCGCCUAUUAUAUUUACAUGAAGAAGAUAUAUAUAUGUAAACAACCAAUGGCGUAAAAGUUUACCAAUAAAGUUUGUUACAUUGA